AUGGCCACAAGAACAAUCUAUCUUAUCUCUGCUCGCAAUACAUCUUUCCAAAGAGCCCACUUCUCAAUAUUUGUCCCAUCAGCUACCAAUCCCGACCGAGGGAACAAAAUUCACGCAGUUGGCGCACCGAUGGCAGGCUAUGUCCUGGAGUUCAAGCGAAAUUACAAUCCCAGUCUCGAACCUCACGACCAGACCUUUCCAAUCGGCCAGGUUCACUCUUCCGACGUCGUUGAUUCCCCAGAUGCGGCUCCAUCUAUCGACUCCACUCCCCGAGGGAAGAUCGAACUAGCGGCGACACAAGUCCCGACUCUGGGGAUCAACCAGAACUUCAUGGCACCUGUCAACGAUACCACCAACAAGCGGUGCCAAGACUGGACUAUGGAAUAUGUUCGCCAUCUGGUUGCCAAAGGGCUAAUCGAUAAAGAAGCGAUUGAGAUCGUUCAAUCUAAACGUGAUCCACCUACUCAUGGAAUUGGACUGCGAUCUGUGACCAGGCCUGGGACGUAG